AUGCUUUCUUUCAUAGUACUUGCCUUGGCGGGCUUACUGGUACUGUAUCUGGGCAACACUUACAGAUGUUUCCGAAUCAACUUGGCGUUGGCCAAGAGGAGUGGCCUUCCGUACAUUGCCAUGCCCAUAUACACCUUCAAUAGGUUCUGGCUAGUAACGCAUGCUCUUUGGCUUCCCUGGAUCCAGCGACUACCAAAGUCUUGGACGCAGGACUGGAUUGACUUCCUUCAGCCUGACUUCGUUUGGACCCAGAAGCACAGAUUGUUCAAAGAGAUCGGCAGCGAUGUCCUCCUGCUUGUGGCACCGGGCUCCAAUACGCUGUAUGUGGCGGAUGCCGAGGCCGUGACCCAGAUUACAGCCAGGCGCAACGAUUUCCCCAAGCCAACAUGGAUGUACAGCAGUGUGGAUAUAUUUGGCAAGAGUGUCGUGUCCACGGAAGGUGCUCUGUGGAGACAUCACCGAAAGAUCACGAGCCCGCCCUUCACAGAGAAGAACAACUACCUGGUGUGGACCGAAUCACUUCAGCAGGCCGAAAGCAUGAUGGCUGGCUGGAUCAGCAAGGAUGCCAACGACAGUGGUGCGCUCUGGAAUGUUGCAACCGAGUCUAUGCGUUUGUCGUUACAUGUGAUCUCUCGCGCUGGGUUCGGCGUUCACCUUCACUGGCCACAUGAGGAUAAAGAUACUCCAAUCCCAGAAGGACACACGAUGACAUACAAGGACGCCUUGGAGAGUCUCCUCCAUAAUAUGAUUGUGAUGAUUCUGACCCCUACCUGGCUUCUCAGUCGCUCACCGCUCAAAUUUCACAAGACAGCUCACAGAGCUUUCUCCGAGUGGGGUCAGUAUAUGCGUGAGAUGUACCAGGAGAAGCGAAAUGAGGUGAAGUCAGGUCAGAGCAGAGAAGGUAUGGAUUUGAUGGGUGCCCUUGUCAAAGGUGCUGGCAUGACCGAGGAAAGUCUCAACGAGAAAGCCACGACAGAUCCCGAGAAGGGAGGCGCUGGCAAAGGACUUCUCAGUGAUGAAGAGAUCUUCGGUAAUGCUUUCGUCUUUAUCUUGGCGGGACAUGAGACGGCUGCGAACACCAUCCAUUUCUCGAUUCUUUACCUCGCCAUGAAGAUGACUUCGCAAAGGAGGCUGCAGGAAGAUCUUGAUGCGAUACUUGGUGACAGACCAGUGUCCGAGUGGGACUACGAGAAGGAUAUGCCCAAGCUGUUUGGCAGUAUGUGUGGCGCUGUGAUGAACGAAGAACUCCGACUCAUUCCGCCCGUCGUCGGCAUCCCCAAGACCACGCCAAAUGACCGACCACAGGGCCUUCAAGUCAAUGGCAAGCAUGUGACAGUUCCUGAGAAUUGCUAUGUGACUCUUGACACUGUCGCGACACACCGCAACCCCAAAUACUGGCCCCAUACCUCCGAAGAAGACUUGCUCGAAUUCAGACCAGAGCGAUGGCUCCUCGACCCAAGCAAAACCAACGCAAACACCGAAGACAGCACAUACGCAGAAGAAGAAGGCCUUGACUUCGACGGACCUGACAAACGCCCCGACACCGCCGCAUCCCUCUUCCGCCCUGCAAAGGGUGCUUACGUCCCAUUCAGCGAAGGCUACCGCUCUUGCCUUGGCCGUCGAUUUGCGCAAGUUGAAAUUCUGGCAGUGCUGGCGGUCAUCUUCAAGACUCAUACUGUUGAGCUUGAUGUGAGUGAGUAUCUGUCUGAUGAGGAGUUCAAGACUGCCACCGAGGCGCAGAAGCUGGAGGCGUGGAAGAAGGCUGAUGCGCGUGCGAGGGAGCUGCUGGAGAAUGGGAUGAUGACGAUUAUCACGAUUCAGAUGAGGAAGGGGAAGGUGCCGUUUAGGUUUGUCAAGAGGGGAUGUGAGAGGUUCAAGUUUUAG